ACUAAAAGUUUAUUUUAUUACUUUAAAUUUUUUGCUAUCGCACCUUUGAGUUUUAAUAUCAAAACAGCAACGAAAAACAACAAUAACAUUCCGUCUCAACUGUUUACCUCUUGUAAAUACAGUGUCGUUUAUAAUAUAAUAUUGAAGCUGGCAAUCGAUCGAUUGUCAUUGAUGCGAUACGAGACCACGAAAAUUGACCGGCUGGAACAGUUGCACAAACUGUACUCGCUCCUGAGCGAACUUUCGCGCGAUUUGUCGGAUUUCUACUCGUACCCUAUGUUUCUGGCCUCGAUAAAUAUUUUUGUAGCCUUGAUUUUUCCAGCUUAUACACUAGCAAAACCAAUUGUUUUGGGAAAAAGUGAUCUUUCGAAGUUGAUGUUUACUCAUGUACUUUUCUACUGGUCACUUUGUGCUGUUACUGUGGUUUUUCUAACUACUGCUGUCAGUGCUGUUGUGCAGGAGAGUAAAAAAAGUGGACAGAUACUCAAUAAUUAUUUGCUGAGAGUUGAGGAUGAAAAAUUUGCUGCUAAGGUCAUCCAGUUUUCUCAUUACCUAUCGCAUACAACUAUCAAGUUUUUUGUCUUUGAUUUAUUUUCAUUGGGCCAAUCUUUAUUGCUGUCUAUUGCUCAAUCUAUAGCCACAUAUUUAGUGAUACUUUUUCAA